AUGGGCAAACAGAACAGCAAGCUGCGCCCCGAGGUCAUGCAGGACUUGCUGGAGAGCACGGACUUCACGGAGCACGAGAUCCAGGAGUGGUACAAAGGCUUCUUGAGAGACUGCCCCAGCGGACAUUUGUCGAUGGAAGAAUUUAAGAAAAUUUACGGGAACUUUUUCCCUUACGGGGAUGCUUCCAAGUUUGCAGAGCACGUCUUCCGCACCUUCGAUGCCAAUGGAGAUGGGACAAUAGACUUCAGAGAGUUCAUCAUAGCCCUGAGUGUGACAUCGAGGGGCAAGCUGGAGCAGAAGCUGAAAUGGGCCUUCAGCAUGUAUGACCUGGAUGGAAACGGCUACAUCAGCAAGGCAGAAAUGCUAGAGAUUGUGCAGGCGAUCUACAAGAUGGUCUCCUCCGUCAUGAAGAUGCCUGAAGAUGAGUCAACCCCGGAGAAGAGGACGGAAAAGAUCUUCCGCCAGAUGGACACCAACAGAGAUGGCAAGCUCUCCCUGGAGGAGUUCAUCCGAGGAGCCAAGAGCGACCCGUCCAUCGUGCGCCUCCUGCAGUGCGACCCCAGCAGUGCCGGCCAGUUCUGA